AUGGCACAUAGUUAUCCAGUCGAUGAAUGGCUUAAUAUUUUAGGCAAAAGUAGAGAUAGUGUUAAUGAAACGAAUCCUCCAACACUAAACUAUCACUAUGAUCAUAUAACCUGUGAAAAAAUAGUUGGUUUAUUAUUAAAUGUAAUGAAUCAAAUGCGUGAUGGAGAACAUGAACAUAUGAACCUUGUCGUGUGCCUGAUUAGCAGUUUAAUUGAAUGUAAAGAAUUUGAUGUUCAUGAUUUAUUUAACAAAUUUCAUUAUUCACUAUUGACUGAUGAAAAACAAGUAAGUUUUGAAGUUUUACACGGACAAAGUAAAAAGAAUAAGAGAAGCGACUUUAUUCAAAACAGUCAAUUACGAAACUUUGUUAUUAAUCAUGAUUACGAGUAUGCUCUGACUUAUUUUAUGCCAUUAUCAUUAUUUUAUUAUCGAUCACCUGGUGAUUGCGUUGAACUGGUGAAAAAAUGUGUUGUAUUAACCUACGGUGAGAAUGAACUUUUAUCAGAUGUAUGUCAAUAUUAUUCGACAAUCUUAUGUGGCGCAUUACAAAAUUUAACAAAAAAUGAUUUAUUAAACGAAGGUUUCUACGAAAUGUCUUUAAAGAAUAAUUGGCAUGCACCUCUUAAUACUACAGUUGAAAAAAUAGCCAAAGGAUCUUUCAAAACAAGAGAAUAUAUUCCUUUAUCAGACAAUCAUGAUAUAUCUGAUAGUUUAGCACUUGUCCUAUGGACGUUAUAUAAUGAUGAAAAUUCUUUAGAGAAUGGUAUAUUGAUAAUGAAGAAGAUGAAUAUCUCUCUCACCACCAUCAUUAUCUAUGUACAAAUGGCAAGUAUAUUAUAUGAUUCAAGUUUUAUUGAAGAUGAUACAAAUGGCUUAAUUAUUCAGCUUGGAAAAUGGUUAAAAUAUGCAGGUGAUUUUCAUCAUAUAAAUACGUCUGAAAUACAAAUUAAUUUUGAAAUGCAUAUAUCUGAACCAUCUUAUUUUGGUCGAAUAACACAAAAAGUAUGGGGUACACAUUCCAUUAUUGAAAUUGUACAAAAUAAAAUUAAUCUUGAUUCUUAUCUACCAAAUUCUCUUCAAGCAUUUCGUAUUCCAACAUUAAAAGAUAAAACAAAAAAAUAUUUUUUCUAUUCAAAACCCAUUAUUUGGACAUCACGUUCUCAAAUACAAGAAAAACGUCAUAUACUAUCAGAUCAAAAUGUCUCAGAUAUAUUUACCUAUGUUCAAACAGAUACAACGAUAAAAUCGAAUAGAUACAGUUUUGUUAUACUCAGUGAUCGUAUUAUUAUUGCACGUGUACCUGAAACAUACAAAUUUACUUAUCAUAUACUCAGUAAACAUAUUACGUUGUCUAAUCGUAGUUUAGAUGUACGAUUUGCUGGUGAAAUUUGGAAAGAUGAAAAUAACAAAAUAUAUAUUAAUAAUAAUAGUGGAACAUAUCGACCGCCAAACGACUUAAUUGAAUUGGCAACAGCGUAUCUCAAUCGAAUAUUUUCAAACAUGAAUAUUGAAGGCAGAACAUUUGACGAGAGUGCACGACCUCCUACAUUAACAAGAUGUCGAAGAAAAGUAAAAAGAAAAAUAUUAGCACGAUGA